CGAACAGCUGUUCCACGUUUUUUCUUCACUUUCAUAACAUCAAUUUUAUUUGCAAUUUACGCGGUUUUAAUUGAAUUAAAACUGCCCACACUUGAAGCCCAGCCAUGUGGACAAGGACGCACUGCCUCUGGCGCAGGGUACCGCAUCUUCUAAGGCGCCAGCUGUGUACAUCAAACAUUUUGCCCGCACGAAUAUUUGCAGAUCGCGAGAAUCAGUUUGCUCAUGGAAUCCUAAUGGAGUCCCUGAAGCCCUACCAGGUGCUCCGGCCUAAAGACAAUGUAGCACCUAAAGAGCUGCUCUGUGGGGAGCGCUUCCUGCAACCCCAAAGCCAAGCCAAAGCCGAGGAUUUGUAUGCCGACUUCCUGGGUCUAGUGCAGCACUCCACCCGUCUGGGCCUUCAGGUUAGUGAUGCCCGCUACGAUGCCUUUGCCCGCUGCUACUGCGAGCAACUGCAUCGCCUGACCGAUGAGCAACUGCUGGGCUCUCUAAGUGCUCUCGGUGAGCUGCCCACGCCGGAAUCCCCCAAAACCCGCAAUUACAUGGAACUGUGGAACACGCUGGACAUCGAAUGCUGUCGCCGCAUUGAAGGCUGGUCCAGUGCCCAAUUGCUGCUAGUGAGCGAUGCCUGGUAUCGGCUGGGUCUAGCCCGGAUCGGGGAAUAUGUGUGGCUGGCCUUGAAGAAGCUGGGCCGAAAAGUACGUAAAUUGCCGCCAGAGCAGCUCGUUCAGGCCAUGUUCCUGUGCAAUCUACUGCGGCGUCCCGUCUUCGAGAUGUUUGACUUUGAGCUGAAUCUAUCGCGGUGCGUGAAUCAAAUGUCACUGGGUGAAUUGGGCGUAAUGGCCAUGGGUUUCUUCAAGACGCAAACACCGAUUAGGAAUCCCGAGCUGCUAGAGCAAAUAUAUCAGCGGCUGGGCAGUGAGCUGGAUACCGUGGAGGAUAUACCAUUGGUGGCCCUGCUAAAGGUGCUGAGGUACAGCAGCAAGCUGCCACAGGUGGAGCCGCUUAAGAAACUGCUAUGCUCGCUGGAGGAUCAGGUGGAGCGAGUGUCACUGCUGGCCUGCCUGCACAUGGCCUUGUUGGGUUGUGACCUGCAGACCUGCAACGAUGUCCUGGUGGAGCGGAUACUGUUGCGUUUUGAGCGGGAAUUGGAGGGCGCACGCCUAAAGGAUGUGGAACGGAUUUGCCUGGUGAUGGCCUUGUUCAAUAUCAACAGUCCCUCGGGGGUGGAGGCACGGUUAGCCAAGCGUUUGCCGGAUUUGUUACGCCAGCGGUUGGACGAGAUCUUAAGGCAUCCGCGUUGCUUUACCAAUUGCCUGCAGUUUCUCACGAUGCGUGGCAUUCAGGAUGUGGAGCUAUUGGGUGUGGUUUUGGCACCGCGCUUCCUGCAGCAUGCCUAUCGAACGGGACUCCCAGGGCGGGAGUAUUUCCAUUUGGAUGCAUUUGCCCGUCUUUUGGGUAACGAGGAGUACCAGGGACCGCUGCUCAGCGAACGGCAGUUGCAGCAAAUGGGUCGCCUCUACACACAGUAUAUCCCAGUGAGGGAUGGACGCUUCCGGCUCAAUAGCACUGAUCGCAUUCUGCUGGAGAUUCGUGAAGCCGCCACGCUGCUUCAUCGCCACCUUAGCUUCAAGCAUGUCCUGCCGCACUAUGAGCGUUGCGAUUUGGUUCUUUGCUAUGACCAUCGCCAGCGAAGGGCCUUGCCGCUCUCAGCGGAGGUGGGUGAGGAUUACAAUGGCGUGAUACUCACCCGGCGGCAUUUGCUAGGUGAAACCAAGGCCGGGGAUGAUCAAGUGGCCACCAUUGUGAUUGUUAUUGCAGGAUGGAAUAACAUGAUACGGGACAAGAAUCGUUUUACGGGACAGAUGGACAUGAAGCUGAGGCAGCUUCGGCAACUGGGACAUCAGCCAGUGGUGAUCUAUUGGCAUGAAUGGCGGGAACUGGAAAACGCCACAGAUCGCCAGGACUUCCUUCGACGUCGCCUCAGCCAAGUGGCCAAAAUAUAGCAGGAAAAUGAGAAGCACCAAAG